AUGACUUCACAAUUGGUAUAUGGUCCAAGAACGAUGAAGCCUUUGAAUGAUAAAAUGAGGCAUGGGUUUGACGAAGACUACAAUUCCGAGAACUUCUUAACGUUGUUGGCUAAUACUUUUUAUAUUUAUUUUGAUGAUAAAAGACAUAAUACCAAUGGGAACCCAAUCACGGAAGAGAUGAAGCAGUCGAGCGACUAUAUCAAGAACUACCAACCGAUUACCGACUGGAAAGUAAUGAAGGAGAGACAGAAAACCAUAAGCGCGGUUCUUGUGUUAUGUUUGAAUUUGGGAGUUGAUCCACCGGAUGUGAUGAAGACAUAUCCAUGUGCAAAGUACGAGGCAUGGUGUGAUCCAUCGCUCUUUUCAGACACUAAGAAGGCAAUUGAAACGAUUGGAAAGAACUUGCAAUCACAAUAUGAGACGUUGUCUUUGAGAACUCGUUAUAAGCAGUCGUUGGAUCCAUGCGUGGAGGACGUGAAACGAUUCUGCAAUACUCUCAGACGAAAUGCUAAAGACGAGAGAAUUUUGUUUCAUUAUAACGGCCACGGAGUCCCUCAGCCGACUCCAAGUGGUGAGAUUUGGGUUUUCAAUAGGGGAUAUACACAAUACAUUCCAAUAUCAUUAUACGAUUUGCAAACCUGGUUGGGUGCACCUGUCAUAUUUGUGUAUGAUUGUAACAGUGCAGGUAAUAUUGUUCAUAAUUUCAAGAAAUUUGCACAGAAACGGAUUGAUGACGAUAAUGAAGGUAAUCAUGAUUUAAGUGCCCCAUCUCCAACUUCUGCAUAUUUAGACUGCAUUCAAUUGGCGGCUUGUAGAAGCAAUGAACUUUUGCCAAUGAGUCCAGAUUUACCGGCAGAUUUGUUUACCUGUUGUUUGACGUGUCCUAUUGAUAUAAGUAUAAAGUGGUUCAUCAUGCAAUCGCCACUAAAGAAAAACUAUUACAACUUAUUACCUCGAAAUGCCACCGGCACAGUCAUCAUUCCUGGAAAAUUAACUGACAGAAGAACUCCAUUGGGAGAAUUAAAUUGGAUAUUCACUGCUAUAACAGACACAAUUGCUUGGGCAUCUUUAUCGAGACCUAUCUUCAAGAGAUUGUUUAGACAGGAUUUAAUGGUCGCAGCUUUGUUUAGGAAUUUCCUAUUAGCUAAAAGAAUUAUGCCUCAUUUAAAUUGCAAUCCUAUAAGUGACCCACCUUUACCCGAUACAGUCAGAUUUCAUCGCAUGUGGGAUUCCUGGGAUUUAGCUAUAGACCAAGUAUUUGCUCAAUUACUUAAAAAUAACAAUCCAGAUCCUCAGACUGGUGCCUCACUAAAUCAAUCUCAGUUGAUUAAGCAACAACCAUUUACUCAAUCACUAUCAGAUAAAUCCACAACAAAUUCUCAAUCUAAGUCUAAUUCAUCAGCACAAACAUCAUCUAUUACUACUUCGGCUAGUACAGGAAAUUUAAAUUCAACAGUAGCUGCUCCUCCUAAUUUGGCUAAUUAUCAACAUUCAACAUUUUUCGAACAACAGUUAACUGCAUUUGAAAUAUGGUUGAAAUAUGCUGGAUCAUCUACAAAGGAACCACCAGAACAGUUACCAAUUGUUUUGCAAGUCUUACUUUCACAAGUUCACAGAUUAAGGGCUUUGAUUUUAUUGUCAAAAUUCUUAGAUUUAGGUCCAUGGGCAGUUUACCUUUCAUUAUCAAUAGGUAUUUUCCCUUACGUUUUAAAAUUAUUGCAGAGUCCAGCUCAAGAAUUAAAACCGGUUUUAAUUUUUAUUUGGGCAAGGAUAAUGGCAAUUGAUUAUAAGAGCACUCAGCAAGAGUUAUGCAAGGAUAAAGGUUACAAUUAUUUCUACAUAAUAUUAAAUUCAAAUCCGAUGAACCAACUUAAUGGUGCUGAUACCAUCGCUAAUGGAUCUGGUGCAAACAUUUUAAUUAAUGAUGAUCACAAAGCAAUGAGUGCAUUUAUUUUGACCUUAUUCAUUAAGGAUUUUAAAAAUGGCCAAAGGUUAUGUUUUUCUAUUGAGUUGAUUAAUAAUUGUUUAAAGUUUCUUUCAACUAGUGAAAAUCCCCUAUUAAGACAAUGGUGUUGUUUAUUGCUUUCUCAGCUUUGGAUGAAUUAUCCAGAUGGAAAGUGGAUAAUCUAUAAAGAUGGAUAUUUAAACAAGUUUUUGAUGAUGAUUAAUGAUCCUAUACCAGAAGUGAGGACUUCUAUUGUUUUAGCCUUGACUAAUUUCCUAAGCGAUUCUGCAGACUUUCAGCAACCACAGCAAUCACAGCAACAACAGCAACGUUCUCAUAUGAAUGUUGGUCCAGAUUUGAGAAGAGAUGAAUUAAGACAACAAGACUUGAGACUUGCAAAUACUAUUUUAAGUUUGCUUGGUGAUGGAUCCUCAAUGGUUAGGAAAGAAAUCGUUUACUUCAUCAAUAAAUUUAUUAGUAUUUAUUCCAAGUUUUUUCUUGUUUUGGCAUUUAAUCAGCUAGAGGAGGAGAUUGUUCUUAUUGAUAAUUCUAAUUACUUGAGUGAAUUCCGUAAAAAGUCACCAGCUUAUGGUUCAAUAUUUAGUUCACUUUGGAAAUCAUUAUUAAUUCUAUCAGAGGAUCCUCAUUUAGAAGUCAAACAAAUGGCAGAAGUUUUAAUUGAUUCAGUUAUGGUGAAGUUAAAUGAGAGUGAAUUAGGUCCAUUGGUUAAAGAAAUGCAAGACUACCUAUUGAGCAAAUCAACUAUUAAUAUUAAUGAAACUUUCAAACCAACCAAACCCAUCGUUAACCGCCAAUUAGCUUCAUUGAAUGGUUCACAUCCGAAUAGACGUCAAGUUUCAAGCGGACCAACAUUACAGCACAAAAGCAAUAUGUUGACUAUUAAUGGAUCCUCAAUUAAAACAAGGUCAGCUUCAACCAAUGAUAUGGAUAGAAAUCCACUUGAGAGCGAUGAUUCUGAUGCAGAUUCCAUUUCUUCAAAGUUAAAGAAUUUAUCACUUUUUAAACUUAUCAAGUCAUUCCAAAUAAAUGAUGAUAACGAGUUGAAGAAUUUUACUAGGAUAUUGAAUUCAGGGCCAAUUGCAAGUAGCUACGGUGUCGAAUAUAAACCUAAAACUCCCCGUUUCAUGCCUAGAAAAUUGUCGAUUGAACCGAAAUUGCCUACGGAAUCAGGCUUCUUCGAAUACAGUUGUGAAUAUUUUCAGGAACCUCAAAUGUCUAAAAAUGAAAUUGACGAACCUGGGUCGGAAGAAUAUGUUAAAAGAUUAUGGAGAAGAAAUAGAAAUGAAGCUAUUAUUCAAGAAACUCAAUCUCAGAAAAGUGUAGCGAUCAGAGGGGAUUGGAAUAAAAGUUUAACUAUUAUGAAUAACAAGUCACAACCUAAGUUAAUCAAAUUCACUCAAUUUGAGAAAAUAUUAGUUGCCAGUGAUGAGAAGGAUAAUGUGUCUGUUUGGGACUGGGAGAUGAAUAAGAUGGUAGGAAAAUUUUCUAAUUGCAACCCAUUUGGUACAAAAAUUACUGACAUUAAAUUUCUUAACGAAGACGAUUUACCUUUAUUGUUGACAGGUUCUUCUGAUGGGGUCAUUAAAAUUUAUAAAAAUUUCCACACCCCUAAUAACAUAGGGGAGCGGAAUGUCGAGCUAGUUUCAUCUUGGAGAGCCUUAACUGACUUAUUAUUGACUUCAAAAAGUUCCGGAUUAAUUUCUGAAUGGCAGCAAUCGAGAGGGUCUUUAUUAGUCAGUGGGGAUGUUAAGAUUAUCAGAGUAUGGGAUGCGCCAAGAGAGUUAUGUUUAGUGGAUAUUCCUGCAAGAUCAUCCUCUUCAAUUACGUCAUUAACCUCAGAUCAAGUAGCAGGAAAUAUUUUUAUUGCAGGGUUCGAUGAUGGCAGUUUACGAGUUUAUGAUAGAAGAUUGGAUUCAAGAGAAUCUAUGGUAAAAGCUUGGCACAAUUCCAAAACUCGUAACGCAAAUAAUCCAGACCAAGCAUCUAAAAAUGCUACUGGCCAUGGCUCGAUAAGAAAUGUUCAUAUGCAAAGAGGUGGCUAUAGAGAAUUGGUAAGCGGAUCUUCCGAUGGCUUUGUUAAUUUGUGGGAUAUAAGAUUGAAUAAUCCAGUCUUGACGUACACCAACUCACCCGAGAAGUCUAUGAGAUGUAUAGAUGUCCACGAACAUGCUCCAAUAAUAACUACUGGUUCAAAAUCUGUUAAUUUAUGGACCACAUCUGGUGACUUACUAACUACGUUGAAAAAUCCUCAUGACACAUAUUUGUCAAACAGAACGUCAAGUUAUUUGUCGAGUACUACUUUUCACCCGCAUAGAAUGAUGAUAGCUACAAAUUAUAAUCAAGAUGGACACAUUAACGUGUACACAUGCAAUGACGUUAUACAGGAGUAUUAG